AUGACCCGAGGUGUCCAGGGGGACGGAUUCAUCAGCUACACAGGUAAAUUAACGGCAAAACCAGCAGAGGUGCAAAACCAUAGCAGUCCCACUGACGAUGAGCUCCGGCUGCGGCGAUCCCAAGGCCAUUAUGCCUUCACAAUUCUGGCAACCGAUGCAGAAAAUGAUCCUUUAACCUACAGCAUCAUUGGAGAGAACAGGUUCUACUUCAGUGUGAAUCCAACCACAGGAGAUGUUACGGUCAAGUCACCUCUUGACAGGGAGGUUCGAAAAACACUGAUUGUGAUUUUGGAUGAUGCCAAUGAUAACCGGCCCAUAUUUGUUGAUGCCCCAUUCAAUAAAGAUGUCUUAGAGAAUGCAGCUGUAGACACAGUUCUGUUCCAGGUGACUGCCCGUGAUGCAGAUUAUGGCCUGGCGUCACUUGUGAGCUACAAAAUUGAUGAUGUUGUGCCAAAUGAUGGCAUGAGUCUUUUUUCCAUCUCUGAGAGAACCGGGGAGGUCAAACUGAUAGGCAGCCUGAAUUAUACAAGCAAAAGCACUUUUUACCAACUGAAAAUCAAUGCGUCAGAUGGCGGAGGGCCCCUCUUGGAUUCUCAUGUUUUACAGUCAAGUUCAGCUUUCGCCUUCAUCACUGUCAUUGACGUCCCCGACCUCCCACCUCAGUUUCUAAACCUUCCCUAUUCAACCACGGUCAACGAACAGACUGCAGUGGGCUUCUCAGUAUUUCAAGUACGAGCCAUAGAUCCUGACACAGGAGUCCAUGGCAAGAUUCUCUUCAGCAUUAAAAAUUCAAAUGCACCCGACCUCUUUGAAAUCGACAAGGAAAGCGGAAUCAUAUCUGUGAAAACUAUGUUUGAUCGUGAAGAUUUACUGCAUGUUGAUGCAAUUGUUAAACUGCAAGUUAUGGCCAGUGAGACUAAACCCAAUAUCCACGGUGACAUUUCCAACACUACGGCAGACGUGCAGCUGAAUAUUGGAGACAUUAACGACAACAAGCCUCAGUUUUACAGCUGCGAGCCUGCGUGCAACUUCAGCGCUGAGGCGUGGCAGUUCACCGGAAGCAUCAACGAGCAUUCCUCCGUAGGGGUGCCUGUUGGAGGGCUGAACAUUCUCGCCCGAGAUCUCGAUGAGGGAGUAAAUGCUAGGUUUGAGCUACAUCUGCAAGGGCCGGACAAAGAUGCCUUCUAUGUGUCACCCCCGUCUGCCACGUUGAGCAGCCCAGUGCAGAUCCUCAUCAAAAACCCCAGUGACGUUGACUAUGAGAAAAAACAAACCAUGAUUCUGGAGGUUGUUGCCAUGGACACUUUCAAGACAGAGGACUGCUGCUCAACAGCCACUGUCACCAUCCAGAUCAAAGACAUAAAUGACAACAGCCCAGCUUUCAAGAACGAGACCUACUACUUAGAAGUUGACGAGCACAGUCGUACCGGAAAAAUUGUUGCUACUAUUACAGCUACCGAUCCAGACACUGAGGAUGUGGGAAAAAUCUCAUAUAGACUUCUGCCAGAGAGUAUACUGAAGUACUUUGAUGUGCACCCCAAGACCGGCAGGAUCAAAGUGAAGGACAGCGGGCUCCUCGAUCGAGAGAUCCGCGCCGUUUACUCCGCCACUCUUCAGGCAACGGACAACGCCAAGAAUGUGGGGACCACAGUGCUGGAGAUCACUCUCCGCGACAUUAAUGACGAAACGCCCAGCAUGGCCAGGGAUUCUUACAUUGACUUUGUGAAGGAGGUGAGCGGUGCUGAGCUUCAGCUGCAGAUCCAGGCCUUUGAUGGAGAUGAACCAGGCACAAACAACAGUAAGAUCCAGUACAGGAUUGAAAGAAGUAAUUUCAGUGGAAACUUCACCAUUAACGCCAACACCGGUUUGCUAAAAAAUAAAGGACCCCUUGACCGGGAAGCCAUCGACCCCUCAGCCAAUGGGGUGAUUCACCUGAAUGUGACUGCCUUUGAUAUGGGUCACCCAUCUCUGUCUUCAUGGGUCACUGUUACUAUCAAUGUUGAGGACAUAAAUGACAAUACUCCAAAAUUUAAAUCUCCCAGUUAUGAAUUCUUUGUCAAGGAAAGUGAGAAAGGUGCAUUUGUGGGCUCUGUGUUUGCCCGCGACCUGGACCAAACGGAGAUGAACAACCGCAUAUCCUUCCGUAUCGCUGACGGCAGCUUCGGGAAUUUCAUCAUCAUCGCCUACUUCGAGGGGAAGGACCAGGGCUACAUGGGCAACAUCACCGUCGAUCCUGAUGUCGAGCUGAACUACGAGCGCCACAGGAAGUCGUACAACCUCAAGGUUGAGGCCACCGACCUGGGCCAGAAGAUCGACGUGAUCACGGUGAUGGUGCAUGUCAUCGACGUGAACGAUGAACGCCCAACCCUGCCAGACGUGGUGAUGAUGAACAUCAAGGAGAACACGACAGGCCUUGGCGAGGUGGGACGGGUGGUGGGGGCUGACCUGGACACCAGCCACUCUCUGGUCUACAAUCUGCUCACCACCACAUGCAGAUGCAGUGGGGUCGUUGGACCCUGCGAGGAGGAAUGGUUCAGACUGGAAGCCACCGGAGCUGUGGUGAUGAAUGAGGAGUUUGUGAUUGACUAUGAAAUGUGUGACCAGGUUAUAAUGGAAGUCCAAGCGGUUGAUGUCUUCACAGAGAAAGGAGAGAACCACAGUAUUCCAGGAAAACUGGUGAUCAACAUUGAUGACAUCAAUGACAACAUUCCCCAAUUCAUAAUUUCUGACACAAUGGCUCUGAUAGCAGCCACAAAAGCCACAGUUCAUAUUAUGGAAAUCGUGCAGGAAAGCCAGGAAGAGAGAGCUUCAGCAGUCACACUGCUGGGGGCAUAUUUUGUGUACCCCAAUGGGAGUGCGGUUAACUCUGACAACGUGGAGCGGAUUCUUCAGGAGGACCUGUACUACGCCAACGUGCUGAGACAGUACGGCCUCACGUACAUCGUAAUGAAGGUGUUUGACCCGGUGUUGUUUGUCCUGAUUGGCUUGGUGGCAAGUCUCUUCAUUGUGCUGAUCGUCAUGAUGAUGUCACUUGUUUAUACUCAGAGGAGCUACAGGAGGAAAUUAAAGGCAGCCAAAGCCAUGAACUCUGCUGCGAUGGUGUCAGCAGAGAAUCACAAAGGCCACAGGCCUGUGGUCCCUGGAACCAACAAAUACUCAGUGGAGGGAGCCAACCCAGUGCUGAAUAUGAACAUUGACAUUACCACUGACCUGGGCUUUGAUGAAGAGGGCUCGAAUGCAGACAGAAUAAGUGUUAACUCUCUGGAGAUUGAUAUGAACAUGACUGAGAAAGACACAGUGCCUAUGAUGAUGAUUGAGGAGGAAGAUGAGGAGAACACCAGUGACCCCCGCUACAUCGAGCCCCUGGGGGAGGCCCUCGCCCAGCGAGACAUGACAAAGGGACCUGGGGAGAUGCAGGGUGUGGUGAACCCUGCCUUGAACACAACAGACCUGUGA